GGGGAUGGGAUGGAGGAGGAAGGACGGCCAGGGGAGCUGUACGGGUAGGGGAGGGACUUGGCUAGAUCUCCCAAGCCUUCUCCACUCUUCAAACUUUCACCAAACUCUUAGCCCCCGCCUCCUCGAAACCAAAACACAACAGGCUGUGGAAGAGCUGCGGGCGGCGCGGCGGGGCGGGCGGACUCGCGGCGGCACAGAGCCUUGGGAGGCUGAUGCAACUUUCCCUUUAAGAAAGCCACCUGGGCGCACCGCGGUGCGGACCCAGCACGCCUGGGCCGGGGGCUGCAGCAUGCUCUUGAGGUCUGUGGUCUGAAAAGCACUGGAAGCAGAGCCUGUGAGUGUGGUCCCCAUCUCCAGAGCCACAACCCACCGCCGCCAUGGUAGGAAAAGGUGCCAAAGGGAUGCUGAAUGGUGCUGUGCCCAGCGAGGCCACCAAGAGGGACCAGAACCUCAAACGGGGCAACUGGGGCAACCAGAUCGAGUUUGUACUGACGAGCGUGGGCUAUGCCGUGGGCCUGGGCAAUGUCUGGCGCUUCCCAUACCUCUGCUAUCGCAACGGGGGAGGCGCCUUCAUGUUCCCCUACUUCAUCAUGCUCAUCUUCUGCGGGAUCCCCCUCUUCUUCAUGGAGCUCUCCUUCGGCCAGUUUGCCAGCCAGGGGUGCCUGGGAGUCUGGAGGAUCAGCCCCAUGUUCAAAGGCGUAGGCUAUGGCAUGAUGGUGGUGUCCACCUACAUCGGCAUCUACUACAAUGUGGUCAUCUGCAUCGCCUUCUACUACUUCUUCUCGUCCAUGACGCACGUGCUGCCCUGGGCCUACUGCAAUAACCCCUGGAACACGCGCGACUGCGCCGGGGUGCUGGACGCCUCCAACCUCACCAAUGGCUCCCGGCCGGCCGCCUUGCCCAGCAACCUCUCCCACCUUCUCAACCACAGCCUCCAGAGGACCAGCCCCAGCGAGGAGUACUGGAGGCUGUACGUGCUGAAGCUGUCAGAUGACAUCGGGAACUUUGGGGAGGUGCGGCUGCCCCUCCUUGGCUGCCUCGGUGUCUCCUGGGUGGUCGUCUUCCUCUGCCUCAUCCGAGGUGUCAAGUCUUCAGGGAAAGUGGUGUACUUCACGGCCACAUUCCCCUACGUGGUGCUGACCAUCCUGUUUGUCCGUGGAGUGACCCUGGAGGGAGCCUUCACGGGCAUCAUGUACUACCUAACCCCACAGUGGGACAAGAUCCUGGAGGCCAAGGUGUGGGGUGAUGCCGCCUCCCAGAUCUUCUACUCGCUGGGCUGUGCAUGGGGAGGCCUCAUCACCAUGGCCUCCUACAACAAGUUCCACAACAACUGCUACCGGGACAGUGUCAUCAUCAGCAUCACCAACUGUGCCACUAGUGUCUAUGCUGGCUUCGUCAUCUUCUCCAUCCUUGGCUUCAUGGCCAAUCACCUGGGUGUGGAUGUGUCCCGUGUGGCAGACCACGGCCCUGGCCUGGCCUUUGUGGCUUACCCCGAGGCCCUCACGCUGCUUCCCAUCUCCCCGCUGUGGUCUCUGCUCUUCUUCUUCAUGCUCAUCCUGCUGGGGCUGGGCACUCAGUUCUGCCUCCUGGAGACGCUGGUCACAGCCAUUGUGGAUGAGGUGGGGAAUGAGUGGAUCCUGCAGAGAAAGACAUAUGUGACCUUGGGAGUGGCUGUGGCUGGCUUCCUGCUGGGCAUCCCCCUCACCAGCCAGGCAGGCAUCUACUGGCUGCUGCUGAUGGACAACUACGCGGCCAGCUUCUCCUUGGUGGUCAUCUCCUGCAUCAUGUGUGUGGCCAUCAUGUACAUCUACGGGCACCGGAACUACUUCCAGGACAUCCAGAUGAUGCUGGGAUUCCCACCGCCCCUCUUCUUUCAGAUCUGCUGGCGCUUUGUCUCUCCUGCCAUCAUCUUCUUUAUUCUAGUCUUCACUGUGAUCCAGUACCGGCCGAUCACCUACAACCACUACCAGUACCCAGGCUGGGCUGUGGCCAUCGGCUUCCUCAUGGCUCUGUCCUCCGUCCUCUGCAUUCCCCUCUACGCCAUAUUCCGGCUCUGCCGCACAGACGGGGACACCCUCCUCCAGCGUUUGAAAAAUGCCACAAAGCCAAGCAGAGACUGGGGCCCGGCCCUCCUGGAGCACCGGACUGGGCGCUAUGCCCCCACCAUAGCCCCUUCUCCUGAGGAUGGCUUCGAGGUCCAGCCGCUGCACCCGGACAAGGCCCAGAUCCCCAUCGUGGGCAGUAAUGGCUCCAGCCGCCUCCAGGACUCCCGGAUAUGAGCACAGCUGCCGGGGGAGUGGCCCCACCCCCACCCCGUGCUCCCACCGCAGAGACUGGUGAGGCAGAGGACAGGUGUCUCUGUCUGCCCCCUGCCACGUCCUGGCCAGGAUGGCUGCUGUCACCUUGGUCACCACUGCUAGUGCAGUCAUUUGUGCUCGUGUCCCCAGUGUUUACACGUCCUCUGGAUGCCAAGAUGGCAGCUGGGGGUGGGGGCGGGAAUGGAGGGUUGCUGGGAGGUCCAAAGCACUUUGGAGGGGUCUCAGGCCAGCUCCCCAGUGGCCUGAGGGGCUUUACGUGGCCUCUGAUACCCUUAUACUCUGCCCUGAGCUGAGGUUCUGGGUGGGCCCCCAGCUGUCUCCUUCCCGGGCCUCCAGCCCCAUGACAAGCAUUCCCGCCCUCACAGCAGACCCCAGCCUCUGCCAGGCACAUUUGGCUCCUCCUCCCUAGGGGCAGGGUGAGGGUGGGGGCUGCACAGUGUUACUCGUCAGGCUGUACUGCCCGGCUCUGCCGAUCUGUGUAAUUAUUUUUGUAAAAAUUGUGCUGUCUGUGGUCGCCACUUCUUCACCCCAGCCUCUGGCCCAGUCUGUCUUCCAGGCCUGCCUGCGCCUCACUGGGCUGCUCCGGGGCCUCUGCCCCUCAUUCCAGCCCUGGCUGUCAGGCCCAGCUAGCAGAGGCCCAAGACCCAGCAGCCUGCCCAAAGCAUUGGUUUCUGGGGGAUGGGGCGGGGGCUGCUCCACAGGAGGUCUGAGCCCAUCCCCCCAGGGAAGGGGAGCCUGCACACCCCCCUCACCCUCCCUCCACCAGGCUAAAGGCCUAUUCCCAAAUGUGCUGCCCUUGUUCAUGUGCCAAAUGGCCCCAGCCCACAUGCCCUUACCCUCUCUGGAGCAGGAGCUCCUUCUGAGGUGUCCAAAGCCCUGAAGUGUCCAUUUGUCCGUCCUCUGUGCAGUGACAGCCCCAGCCACACCACCUCUGAUCCUCUGUAGCAAUAACGGUGCACCGCCCAUCCCUGCCCAUUGUGCACCACUAGCAUUUUAAAGUCCAUAGAUUUUAAUGAAAUUUCUAUUCCUGUCUCUGA